AGAGAGAUGACCGGAAUGGUGAUGCUAACUAGAGGAGCCGGCUGCGGAGGCGGUGGCGGUGGUGGUGGUGGUGGCGGUGGAGGAACAAAAGGAAGUGCUAGUGAAGAAGAACAAAAUCAGUUGUCAUUAGUAGCGUUAUUGUUAGCAGCUCUAAGGAAAUCAAUGGUGGCUUGUCGUGUGGAUCAACGAGAUGAUCAGAACUCAGGAGUAACAGCUCUACAGCAGAUGGAAAUCGGAUGGCCGACUAAUGUUCAGCAUUUGACUCAUGUUACUUUCGAUCGAUUCCAUGGAUUUUUAGGACUUCCUGUUGAAUUCGAAGUUGAAAUCCCCUGUCGUGUUCCUAGUGCCAGUGUUAGCGUGUUUGGUGUCUCUGCUGAAUCGAUGCAGUGCUCUUAUGAUUCAAGAGGGAACAGUGUCCCUACGAUUCUCUUGCUAAUGCAGGAAAGAUUGUAUGCACAAGGAGGACUAAAGGCAGAAGGAAUUUUUCGUAUAAAUGCGGAAAACAGCAAAGAGGAGGAGGUGAGGGACCAGCUAAACCGCGGCAUGGUACCUGAAGACAUUGAGGUUCAUUGUUUGGCAGGUUUAAUUAAAGCCUGGUUUAGAGAGCUACCCUGUGGUGUGCUUGAUGGGCUUUCUCCUGAAGAAGUAUUGCAGUGCAACACAGAAGAGCAGUGUUCCGAGCUCGUUAAACACCUAAAACCGACUGAGACCGCAUUGCUCAACUGGGCAGUUGAUCUUAUGACUGAUGUUGUUGAGAAAGAAGAAUCCAAUAAAAUGAAUGCCAGAAAUAUUGCCAUGGUUUUUUCCCCAAACAUGACUCAGAUGUCGGACCCACUAACAGCGCUAAUGCACGCGGUACAAGUUAUGAACUUACUCAAGACCCUGAUCACGAAAACACUAAGAGAGCGUGAAGAAUGCGCAACCACGGACGGAGGAUGCUCACCCAUGUCGUACGGGUCCGACAGGCAAUCAGACGACAGUCAAGAAGAAAUGGAAACCAGCUGCGAAUUUACAAGACAACAACCGUCAUCGGAAGAUGAGAACGAGAAUUACGAAGAUGAAGUGGAAUCGCUAAGCGAGAUAGAAGAAAGCUUCUUGAAACAACUAAUAGAGAACGAAAAUGCCAAAGACUGUUUCAAGAAAGAACUGGGAAAUCUGGUAAAGCAGCAACGGACUAGCCCGACUAGUGGAUUUGAUUUCCAAGAGGAGUCGUCGGUUAUGACCGACGGAUACGGAUCGGGUGUGAGUGUGAGUCCUGAGGUUGGGACAGAAGUUGAAAUGGUGAACAAGAUUGUGGAAUGUGUGAAGUGAAUCAGGAUCUGUUUUUUGUUAUUUUGUAAAUUAUUUGGUAGGGAGAUGUAAAAGUGGUUGGUGUGUUUUGGAUUGUGAUGUUUGACUUUUGGUAGAAGUCUGUAUGGUUCAGUUGGGUGCUGAACUUGUUUGGUUUUAACAGCUGAAGAUUUGUAAUUUUGAGUAUUUGACCAUUACCCAGAAGAGGGGAUAAUUAAUUGAGGUACUGCGUGCUGCAGUAGUACGUUUUAUUUUGA